AUGUCAGAUAAUAAAGACUCACUAGAUUAUCUUUCAAUCUAUUCAUUUCUCUUUCUGAAUAAAAAAGGGUCUAAUUUAUAUAAUGCUUAUAAUCGGGAUAAAGUGGAUAAUAAAUUGGAUAUUAAAUUAAUCAAGAUAGUGAUUGUGCCUCAAACUGUGAUCGAUAUAGAUGUUUCGCAAGGAGAUAUAGAAACAACUGAUAUUAAAACACAAGAAGUAUUCAUUUAA